AAAGUGUAGUGUUGAAUGUUGUUGCUAGUGUUCAGUGCCUCGUAUAAUGAGACUAAUUCAGGUGAUGUAGAGAUGUUCUUGAAGACAUUUAUGGAGAUGAUGAAGCGUAUUGAAAGACAUUACUAGGAAAUCCUUGAGGCUUCUGUGAAGCCUCGAGAGAUAUGGACGUGAGUGCUCAGAAACGUUCGAGGAAUCGAAAGCGUAAGAGACACGGGAAGAAUAGGCGUCAGGCUAGAUUAGAGGUUAGGUCUGCGAAACGUCGCAAAGUGACCGUAGAGAGAAAUAUUUUUCGUGUUAAUCCUGCGAUGGAUAGACUGUUUAACGAGUCGUUGAGUGCUGACGCGUUUUGGGAGAAUUAUGCAGCUGCCCAGGAAUGGCAGAAAAGGCACAACAUCGCGUGGUGGAGAUCGCGUUGUUACGCUCUGGAACAUGAAAACGAUGUUUUAAGAGCAACUGUACGAAGUUUAGCAAGUGCUUCUAAUCUUCAGGAUACGUCCAAGACGGAUCAUCGCGAACCUAUGAACAAUCAUUUGCAAGAAGAAGAGAACGAGGACGACGAUGCGGAGGAAGACGAUGAAGACGAGAGUUUGGAGUUCCAGGUGGACGAGGAUAUGUUGAAUUUCUUAGAACAGAGUAUGAGACACAAAAUGGAAUUGAAACGAGCGAAAGAGUCUGAGAGGAAGAGCAACGAGAAAGAUAAAGUACCUGGAGAUAAUGCUCGUCUGGAAGGGGGUGCGGCGUGGACCAAGGCUAGAACAGAGGGGGCAAAACUUUUAUAUGGAGACGCGAGUGCCGGCAUUCUGGCGAUGGAGACGGCUUUACAAGCUACACUUGAUCGACAUAAGGAUAAAGCGAAACCGCAAUACUGGCCCAAUAUACCGUUAAAUAUAUAAUUCAUUUAAGCUAUUAUUAAUACCAUCAACUUUAUAAUAAGAUAUUUUGAAGUAACACCUGAAAUUGAUUUUUUAUCUGAUCUCUUGUACAAAUAAUUGAAUGAAUGGAUGUGACCAACGAGAAGAGAAAUAAAGGUCUUGGUCCCACA